GGAGCAUAGCAUGAUUGCUUCUAAAAAGCAAUAAAUAAAUAAAAAUUACAAAACGAAAGCCAACAUGAGUGAGAGGGAGAGAGAGAGAUGAAAACGGGAUAUGGUGGGACGCACAAAAUGUCGAACAAUUCUUUUCAACUCCUGUUUGCUGUUGAAUGGGUAAUAAUUCUGGAUUGGCUUCGACGUUAAUGGAAUUUCUGCGGGAUGUAAUCGCUUUAGAAUUUGAUCGCUUGCUGGUGCUUUUCCCCCGUGCUUUGCUGGGUUUUACUGGUAGUUGUGGACGUGUGUCUCAUGGCCAUUUUAGCGCACGGAGUUCUCGGCAGCUUCAACAAUUGGAGCCAAGGAUCGCGUGGAGCCAGGUGUAAGCACAACCUAAUGGAGGUUUCGUAAGAUGUUACACUGCAUUUAUUAUUGUGAGAGUAUUCCGCUCUGUCGAAUUUGGGGGUUAGGGCUUAUGAUCGGUGGAGGAAUUUGAAAUUAGAGAAUUGGGUUCAUGGUGGAAUUACUCAGCUUCGAGCGAGUGGUGUAAGUUCUUGACGGGCCUUCUUUCAUUUCGAAGCAAUUCUCGGAACUGAGUCGAAAUUGAAACGAAACUGGAAGAGUGCAAGUGUCAGCACAAAUUCAUUAGAAUUGACGGCAUGCUGACGUGAUGGAGGAAACCGAAAUUCUGUCGUCUGCAGCUUCGGACACAGAUGGGUUUUCACAGACGGAGAACGAUGAUAGUUUAAGCGAGACGUGUAGUGAAACGUUGAACCUAGUGGAAGAUGCGAUUCUUCGCACGCUUAGGGAACAUUCAUUACAAUCGAACUCGAAAAAUGCGAAGACGGGUAUAGAGACGAGGCUGAGAGGAGGAUUCCGCAGUUCAGAGAGCGAGGAGAAUUAUUCGGCUGUCUCAAGAAAUGUUCCACCAGCCAGGUCUUCCAUCUACGAGGACAGAGCGCUGCUUGCAAACUUGUUGGAGCAGGUGCACGGAUUGAGAAGAAAUGAGACCCCAGGCUCUCGGAGAAGUCCAGCACUCCCAAUUGAGGUUGAGAGUGUUCCAGAACUUGCCAGAGGCGGGAGCUUUGACAGAAGACGUAGCAGAGGGAAGAAGCCGUCAUCAUCAACCAGUGAACAAUUGAAAAUGACUCUGGAUGCGGCAGCUAUAGCGGCCAAAGCAGCAGCAGAUGCAGCCGCAGCUACAGCCGUGUCAGUGACGAAGAACACUGAAGCUAUGGAGCUCCUUGUGAAUUCAAUGAAAAGAUUUCCGCAGAAGCGGAGGAAGUCCAGGACUAACAUUCAAGGAAAUGUCGUAUCGCAGAAAGCAAUCGACAAACGCAACAGGAUUUUACAAUGGACAUUAGGGUUCAUGGUGGCCAUCACCGUUGCCUGGAGGUUUGGAGCAGUGAAAGCCACGAAGAGAGUUGCAGACAAGCUUAAUGAGCCAAUUGGAUACGUGGGAGGGCUGUCGGGGAGUGGGGAUGAAUCGUCCAAAGAGGAGGAGAAAGAAAAGCCUGUCGAGGAUUCACCUGAGAAACCCAUGUUGGAAAAACUCCAGCAAAUCGAGCUUCCCUCAAUUCUCCUCGACUCGGAUCACAAGACGAAUGACAAGGAGAAAAGCGACCAUCUCAAGCCUGCUCCUGACCCAGAAAAGAAGCAAGAAGUGAAAACUUUCUUCAGCUUCGGUAAAUUCUUCCAAAGAAAAUCUACCGAGAAUUAGGUGUAUAUAGUUGAGGUUUGUCCCCAAAUGUAAACCUUCUAAAAUUCGAGUUCCGUUAAAUUCCAGAAGAAUUCUCGAAGUGGAUAUGGUCAGUGCUACACUCUACUGGCUAUAAAAACUGCACAUUCAUGGUACACACUCGGUGGAAACAUACUUGUUUGAUUAGUAGAUGGUGUGACAAUUGAGAGUGCGGGUGAAUGUAGCUGAAGAGAGGCGACUCUAGUAGGAACAUUUGGCACGCAUUACAAAGGAAUCAUUUAUAUUCGCUACC